AAAGUUGAAGCUUCAUAUUGAGAUUUGAGAAACACAAAAAUAAGAAAAAAAAGAGCUAGCUAAAAACACAUAGAACACACAAAUGGCUUGCUGGUCUGCUGAGAAUGCCACAAAAGCCUACCUCAAAACCUUAAAAAUGGGCCAGAAGGCAAACGAGCCCGAUGUGGUUGAGUUCAUUUCAGCUCUAGCAGCCGGGAACAAUGCACAGCUAAUGGUUGUGGCUUGUGCUGGCGCUGCUGACUCCACCAUUCUAGCCCUUCUUGCUGCUGCUCAGCAAACAGGCGGUAGAGUGGUCUGCAUCCUUCGCGGGAACGAAGAGUUGCAUUUAUCCGAGAAAAUCCUUGGCAUCAACGUAUGUCACAUUGAGUUUGUGAUUGGGGAGGCCCAAAAUCUUCUUCUAAACUACUACAAGGAGGCUGAUUUUGUGCUCAUUGAUUGCAACCUUAAGAACCAUGAGGCCAUUCUUAGAGCAGUGCAGAUGGGGAAGAAGCAAAAUGGAGCUAUUGUUGUGGGGCAUAACGCUUUUGGCAAAGGAUCGUGGCGGUCCGGCGGAUCGAGAACUCAGUUGCUGCCUAUAGGAGGUGGAUUGUUGGUGACAAGAAUUGCAGCCCCAAAGAAUGAAAUCAGCAAAAUGGAUGGGAUCAAUGGUAGUGGAAAGAAGAGCCACUGGGUUGUCAAGGUAGAUAAGUGCACAGGUGAAGAGCAUGUGUUUAGGGUCAGAUCAUCAUUUCCACAAGGGAAGGGGAUCGCAGCAUAAGCUUAAACUUUAAUUGAAUUACUUGCUCCAAAUAUCAAUUGGUUUUGUUUUAAGAGAGAAGACUUAAUUUUCCCUUGUGUUUCUUCUCUCAGAACAAAAAUGAAGCAUUAGCAUCAGAUAGAUAUUAUUAGUUCCUUUUUGGGAAAAUGUAUAUAGCAAGUGAUGUACAUGUAACAGUUAUAUUAAGUCUAUUUACAAUUGAUGGUUUAGUUUGUUUGAAGAACAGGGCUG